CCAGUGUGUCUUGUGACACUGAAGUAGGGCACACACAGCACAGCAGUCGCUCAGCUCCGGCCAUGUCUGGCACACGGUCUUCCAACGACCGCAGCACUGCAGGAGGGCACAAGAGACCCCGGCAUGAUUUGGGCAACAAAGUGAUUGUCAUCUUGGGGGCUCAAUGGGGGGACGAAGGGAAAGGCAAAGUGGUUGAUCUGCUGGCUACAGAUGCUGAUAUUGUCUGCAGGUGUCAGGGAGGAAACAAUGCAGGACACACUGUUGUGGUAGAAGGUAAAGAGUACGAUUUCCAUCUCUUUCCAAGCGGCAUCAUUAAUCCUAAAGCGAUUUCCUUCAUCGGUAAUGGCGUCGUCAUACAUCUGCCAGGACUGUUUGAGGAGGCGGAAAAAAACGAAAAGAAAGGUUUAAAAGACUGGGAGGACAGACUGAUCAUAUCUGACCGAGCUCACAUCGUGUGUGACUUCCACCAGGCAGUCGACGGCCUCCAAGAAGUCCAGAGACAAGCUCAAGACGGGAAAAACAUAGGCACUACGAAGAAAGGCAUCGGACCAACAUACUCAUCAAAAGCGUCACGUACGGGUCUCCGAGUUUGCGACCUGCUUUCAGAUUUCGAUGAGUUUUCAUCCAGGUUCAAAAUCCUGGCACAUCAGCAUCAGUCAAUGUUUCCAACUCUGGAAGUCGAUAUAGAAGGACAGCUGAAGAAACUGAAGAUGUAUGCCGAGAAGAUACGGCCAAUGGUCCGAGAUGGUGUAUACUUCAUGUAUGAAGCUCUUCACAGCUCCUCAAAGAAGAUUUUGGUGGAGGGAGCUAAUGCUGCACUACUUGACAUUGACUUUGGUACAUACCCUUUUGUGACAUCGUCAAACUGUACAGUGGGAGGCGUCUGCACCGGGCUUGGAAUCCCCCCUCAGAAUAUAGGGGAAGUGUACGGUGUGGUUAAAGCGUAUACCACUAGAGUGGGCAUAGGAGCUUUCCCAACAGAACAAAUAAAUGACAUCGGCAACCUCCUUCAGACUCGUGGUCACGAAUGGGGAGUAACCACCGGGCGGAAAAGGAGAUGUGGCUGGUUAGACCUGGUCAUUUUAAGAUAUGCCCACAUGAUCAAUGGCUUCACUGUCUUGGCGCUCACAAAACUGGAUAUUUUAGACACUCUGGAUGAGAUUAAAGUUGGUGUAGCAUACAGACUCAAUGGGAAGAGAAUCCCAUACUUUCCAGCAAAUCAAGAAAUUUUACAGAAGGUAGAAGUGGAAUAUGAAGCGAUGCCAGGCUGGAAGAGUGACACCACAAGUGCCAGAAAAUGGGAAGACCUUCCUGCCAAGGCACAGAACUACAUCAGAUUUGUAGAAAACCACAUCGGAGUGCCAGUCAAAUGGGUUGGCGUUGGAAAAUCAAGAGAGUCCAUGAUUGAGCUGUUCUAGAGUUCAGUACGUCGGACGCCCCCCGCCGGAUUCCUGCACCCCCGCCCUGGCAGUGUCCAUAGAGAAUAGUGUGUACUACAGCGUAUUGUGGACCCGCUGCGGGAACGUUUUCCGACUUUGUUACAAUUGGUGACAGCCUACACUUGUCUCAUUAAAGCCAGUUUGCAAUAA